AUGAGAGCAUUCCCCCGAGUACUGCCAUUUCGCCAUCAGAGAUCAUAUAAUAACAUCCUUCUUCGAACAGUAAGGCUUUUUGGUUCAUCACUUUCUUCUUUUGAUUUCUCUAGGCAAAUGCCUAAGGUGGACCCUGACAAUACCGCUGCAAUGCUACUACAGAAAAACUUGAUCCAAAGAAACAACAUGCUCUAUGGGUAUGGAUCAGGGACAAUACGAUGUACUUUGCUAGACUCAACUGGACGAGCCAAAUCACCAUUAGUAGAGAUAAAACGUGAGGAUCUAGUAUCAAAACAUGGCUUGUUGCCCAGAGAUCUACGUAAAAUUGAAAAAUCAAGGAAGAAUGACUUAGUCCCUAGUUUGCUCGUGCGAGAAAAUUCCAUACUAAUCAGUUUACUUACUGUGAAAGCCCUAAUUAAGCCUGAUAUGGUUAUUAUCUUCGAUUCAGCCGGCAGUGGAAUAACUUUAAACUCAGAAGCUCACAAGGAUUUUAUUAACGAUAUGAAAUUGAGACUAAAAAAUCAAGAAACAAGCGAGCUAAAUAGCGAUCCACUUCCUUAUGAAUUCAGAGCUUUAGAAACGAUCUUCAUUUCGGCAUUAUCUAACCUUACCAGUGAAAUGAAGGUGUUGCUAACCAUAUGCAAGGGGGUGCUUCAAGAUCUAGAAUUUAGUAUAACAAGAGAUAAAUUAAGGUUCUUACUGGGUCAAAACAAAAAAUUGAGCAGCUUCAAUAAAAAGGCUGUUCUAGUUAAAGAUAUGCUGGAUGACUUGCUAGAGCAAGACGAUAUGCUUUGUGAUAUGUACUUAACCGACAAAAAGGCUGGAAAAAUUAGAGUUCAAGAUGAUCAUACUGAAAUUGAAAUGCUUCUGGAAACAUAUCAUAACUAUGUCGAUGAAAUAGUUCAGAAAAGCGAAAGCGCCAUAUCUGACGUGAAAACCACAGAAGAAAUCAUCAAUAUAAUCCUAGAUUCUAACAGAAACGAAUUAAUGCUGUUAGGGAUAAGAUACGCCAUAGGAAUGCUUUCGUUGGGAGGCGCUCUAUUCCUGGGUUCUAUCUAUGGUAUGAAUCUGGAAAGUUUCAUAGAAGAAAGUAAUUAUGCGUAUUUAACUGUCACCAUUUUGGGGUUAAUAUCUACUGUUUGGCUCUAUGCGAAGGGAAUCAGACAUUUGCAUAAAUUACAACGUAUGACAUUAUUGAGUAAAAUAAAAACAGAUUCCGUUCACGAACUGUUGAAGAAAUAG